AUGGCUGGCUGGGACAGCCUCAUCGGUCCCCACGACAGUCCUCACGACAGUCUCCACGACAGUCCUCACGACAGUCCUCACGACAGUCUCCACGACAGUCUCCACGACAGUCCUCACGACAGUCCUCACGACAGUCCUCACGACAGUCCCCACGACAGUCCCCACGACAGUCCUCACGACAGUCCUCACGACAGUCCUCACAAUAACAAAUCACUGUCUAUAAAUUCUUUUAUUGUCCAGAUUCAGACAUGCCGGACAGAGCAUCUGCGGAAGCGCCACAAUGUGGAUCUGGAGACAUAUGGCUUACUUGAAGAAUUUCUCAAGUCUGCUGAUGAGUCUGCUGAUAAGUCUCCUAGAUACCCGGAGCCAAAGUUAGCCAAGUUGGUCAAGGGCUUAAUUUAUGGAACAGGCGGUCUCUCACUUCUGGAAGACGAUUCCCAAGCGUGCUAUUUUCUCUCUGCAAACAUUUGUCGGGUUGAGGGUUUCACUGAUGAGCAAAUUCUGAACGAUUGUCUUCACAACUUUGACAAAACCAAGUCUACAGUUUACUCUAGUGACCAGCCGCGCAGUCCACAAAAGAUCGGUAAUUUGGUACCCGUCCUGGCUCAGCUCAACAAGCCCAAUCCGCCCUGUGUCAAAUAUGUAACAAAUUUGGGCCCUGGGGACGGAGUAAGGAGGCCUAAGACUCUUGGAGGCGACCCCGAUGACAAGAAGGAGAAAACCUACACAAACAUCACACCAGAAGGCACAUUUAUUGAUGCACAUGUCGAUCAAGGUUAUGAGGGAAUAACAUUGGUUGGGCUGGGUUGUGUGAAACUCUGGAUGAUGUUUCCUCCAACUGAACACAAUCUGACCAUUUGGGGUGAAUGUCGAGAUUUGAAGGAGAUUUUAGCAAGCUCCUGGGAUCGUCUGGAGGGAGGCAAGGUUGCUGUCCAGACUAGAGAUGAAGCAAUGAUCCUCAAACCAGGCCUUCUACAUUCUACAUUUACCCUAAGAGGCGGGCUCUUAAGGAUAGAGAACGCCCAUUUCAAAAAGGUUGGGGAGGACGACUGGUCUCCCUUCCUCGAGAGUGUUUACAUCUGUAUGAGUCCAGACAGUGGCAGACGGGACGAGGCAUUGAGAGUUCUAUGCGAAAUGCCAAAGACACAAGCCAUGAAGAAAAACGGUCUUCUCGAUAAGAUUAAGGAGGAGAUAAAAUCUGCUGAUUGCCUUCACUGUGGCAAGCGAUGGAGGAGCCACUGGGGAUGA